AUGGAGCUAGUUACGCUUCCCAUUGUGGAGUUUCCAUUUGUGUCUGGCAGCUUGAAACGGAUGAAGAGGGAGUGGGUUAUUCCACCAAUUAGCUUUUCAGAAAAUGUCAGGGAUCCUUACCCCAAAAAUCUGGUGAAGGUCUAUGACCUGAGCCAGCUCCACAGAGGGCUUGAUAACCGUCCUGAAGUCUUCUGCACUGAUGUUCUUCCUGCUGCACAGAGCUGCCCAAACUACCGCCUACAAAUACAAGCCAAUGCAAAAAAUACAUGUGCUGCAGACAGUGAACCCACAGCUCCUCCUUAUGACUCGCUCCUGGUGUUUGACCGUGAAGGUAAAGGCUCUGAGAUGAGGCAGAACAUGUUUGAGGAGGGAUUGUACCAAGUAUUUUUUAAGGAUACACCCUCACCAUCCCCACAAACUGAGGUCACCAAUAAUGGAGAGCUAAGCAAUGCCAGGAUUCAUCGUUGGUUCGGGGCUGUGGUUAAUACUAGACUUUUAGUCAGUGGGGUGAUUCAAAUCCUCAGUGCCUUAGUUUGCAUACUAACCACAAUCACUCACGCAUGUGUGAGCUACAGCUGUGCUGUCUCCAUGACAACACCAGCAUGGUCAAGCAUAUUUUAUGUGGCUGCUGGGUGUCUUGCAAUUGAGGUUCAAAGAAAAGCGAAUAAACUGAAGAUCAUCGCUCUGAUGGGUGUGAAUGUCUUUACUCUCGUGUUUGGAUUCUCAGCUUUGCUGGCCAACGGUAUCAGAGCUGCACAAGCCGUCACACUCACUUACCAACAGCGUGCUGGUUCUUAUGUUGCAAGGGCGAGCACCAUAGUGUUCACCGUACAUUGCUUCCUGGCAUCACUCUACAUACUUUUCCUGUCCUGGAGGGGUCUGCGCCGCUACAGUUCUCCCCAUUUUCAGGUUUACAGUCGCGUCUCACAGGAUCCAGAUGAAACCAAUGGGCCUCUCCUGGAACAAGUGGAAUUUAAUAUGUGA